AUGCUUAUCCUAUUUUUCUUUAGGCUAAACAUUGUGCAAAGUCUCCAAUUUUACGGAACCAUGAUGAACAUUCCCGUUUUCAGUCGAUAUAUCAUUUUAAAUUUAGGAGGAUCCUCUGAUGUUAACAAUACGGAGUAUAUUGUGGCUAUUUUAUACUUGAUGAUGUUCUUUAUGGCUCUUCAGGCAAGAGUUUUCUUCAAAGGAAUGUAUGCUAGGGUUCAACAUAUUGAAAUUUCACAACCUGAAAAGUUGCCAAAACGUGAAAGAGGCGAAUUGGUCUCCAAAUUCCUGGAACGCACUCAAAAAGUUGAAGGUAAUCUCAUUGUGCAGUUGGAUAGUAGUAGUCUUGUCAGAAGAAAUAUCGAUACUGGAAAAAUUGAGAAAAUUAAGGAUUUCACGUCACCAGAAAAUCAAAAGAAGUUGUGGUACAAGAUCAAGUUAUUUAUUUACAGAUUCUUUUGCUUUUUAGUGCUGAUUGUGAUGUUUAUUGAUGCUGCGAUAGACUCAACUGUUAUCAAAUUAGUUCAGAUGGUUCUUUGCUUGUUCUAUCUCAAUUUAUUUAACAGAAUUUAUUGGAGAUCAGUUCCUUUUUGGAGAGGAAUUGGAAUUUUCUAUUUCAUUUCCUUUGUCAUUGACGCAAUUUAUCAAAUACCAAUCGUGUUGCUUGGAGACCCUAUUAAUUGGAGCUCAGACAACGACACCACAGGCUGGGUGAAUAAUGUAUGCGUUUUAUUUGGUCUAAAGAGAAGAGGAUUUGAAAGCUUGCCUCUGAGAUAG